AUGACAUCAACCAGUACAGAUGAAGAAACAACACUCGCUGCUUUAGAAGCUGCAAAAGCUGGACUAAAUGUCCUAACCAAAGCGUCAAUUACUGAAAUACGAUCAUUUGCUCGACCACCUAAAGUGUGUGAGACAGUAUUCGAAGGUAUAGGUAUACUGUUCCAGCCGUCAAAAACGAAAUUUGAAUGGAGUGAUGCGAAGAGUUUAAUGAACGAUCAUUUUUUGAGCCGACUGUUAGAAUUUGAUAUCAAUAAUAUAAGCGAUAUGACACUUGCGCGAUUGGAAGUAUUGCUCAAUCGGGACGAAUGCCAAUUAGAUCGUGUAAAAAGCACAUCAUUGGCAUGCUACGGUAUCUGUAUGUGGCUUCGUGGUAUUGUGGCAUACGGAAAGAUUCGACAACACUUAGAACAACAAAAACAAAUUCAAACCGUCAAUAAAAAUUUUGUUAGGAAUACAGUUCUUCAUGAUCAACUGAACGGCUACUUAGUUUAUACACAGAGUAUAAGUUUAAUUCAGAUCUAUAUCCUCAACGAGUGUUACGAACAAAAAGAAUUUGUUAAAGCGCUCGCAAGACGGUAUGCCGAUGUGUUUUGA